CCCAACAUGCAGUAGAGGACUAGAGACAGAGAGAGAGAGAGAGAGACAGAGAGACAGAGAGGGUAGAGACAGAAAAUUAUAUGAUUCACAAAAUCAUUUUCUCUCUCCAGACUAUUGAAGUGCUCAAGUUCAGGGAACUUCAACGCUUUUCUCCUCGUGAAUCGUGAUUGCUUCCUUUCUAGCAUCGUCUCUACCUUCCUAUUUUGUUUUGCUUUGUUUAUUUGAUUUCGUGGGGUGAGAACUUUUUGGUUCAAUCAUUGCCUUUCUCUUCUGAAGAAGAAGAUAAACCAGACAACGGGAAAAAUUGCUUCAACUUUGAGAAAUAAAUUCCGGGUCCCCAUCGAAGAUCAGAAACUUUGAAGCUUCAAUAGCAGAAACUCUUAAUCCUGAUUAGUGGGAGGGAUGGGUUCCUUCAAGGGCCAUGUUAUUCCAGGGACUCUGUUCUUAUUCGUUGGUUUUUGGCACAUAUGGAGCUCAGUUGCGAGGCAUGUGGAGAAUCCGAAAUCGUUUAGGGUUAGGGUUUGGAAUCCUGUGCCAGGAUUAGAUGGGAAGCUCAAGUACCUGGAGCUUUAUGUAAUCACCAUUGGAGCUUUUAUCGACAUGUCUAUUGAGCUUCUGUACUCUACCCACCUCAAAUUCUUCGUUAAUGGCGUCUUAAAUCCUUCUCAUAUGAAUAAUUUUGAGCAUGGAGGGAUGCUUUUCAUGUUCUUCGUCUUUGGGCUUAUUUCUCUGGUCUCCCUGAAAACCAGGUUUUUACCUUUAACAGAAGGAGCUCUAUGCUUGAUUGCUUCCAUGGCAUUCUUUGCAGAGUAUCUGUUAUUUUACUUCCAUUCAACAUCGCAUAAAGGUCUUGAGGGAUAUUACCACCUCCUCCUUGUUCUCCUCAUUGCCCUUUGCAUUAUCUCAACAGUGGCUGGAGCUCUUAUUCCCGAUAGCUUCCCAGUAGACUUGUCUAAUGGCAUUGCUGUCACCCUACAAGGCCUCUGGUUUUAUCAGACGGCCUUCACUCUUUAUGGGCCAAUGAUGCCAGAUGGUUGUUUCUUGAAAGAGGACCAGAUUAUGUGUCGAUCAGCGGAUAGUGAGGUCCGAGGGGAGUUGCUUGCCAAUUUCCAGCUCUUCAGCUUAGUUUUCGGUGUCCUUGUUGCUGUUGUUGUAUCAUACAGUUUUGCUGCAACCAGAUAUGGCAGUUCCAAACACAAUGGCUUGCAUGCAGGUGAAGAUGGGUUGGACAGAGACUGAAAACAAGGUUUAAUCACAUUUUGCAGAUGGAAGCCGUGUGAUGAUUAGAAGUUGAUAGCUGGAACCAGGUUAUGUUGAUUUUCAAGGGAGAAUGUGGCAUUAGAAAGCAGCAUCCCUUCAUCUUUACCAUUCUUGUAAAUGUUACACUCAAGUUGUUUAGCGGUGCCACAUAUAAUCACAAAAUAGCUUUAGAAGAGACCCAAGUCGUUUGGUGUCUGAACGUAGGGCGAAAUCCAAAAUAAUCUUUGUACCUUUAGUUCCAGUUUUGUUUUGCCAAAUUUUGUGUAAUUUUUUCUUCUGAUGUUGAAUUUUUCCCAGUAUGGUGGUUGUAUUUUUCUGUUAAGUGUGAUGGCCACUUAAUUUGGUUAUACCACAGGUGAAAAUUUUGCAUCAAAACCUCUUUUGUAUGCCCUCCUCUUCUACAGAACAAUAACUUGUACUGAAUACUUAUAAAUACAUUUUUAUUUUCAGAAAGUCUGAAAUGAAAAGUUUCUUCUA